AUGUCUCCGCAGCCGGUGGGGUUUGUCAGCUUUGACAGCCGAUCAGAGGCGGAGGCUGCUAAGAAUGCCUUGAACGGCGUCCGGUUUGAUCCAGAAAUCCCACAAACGCUGCGGUUGGAGUUUGCCAAGGCCAACACCAAAAUGGCCAAGAACAAGCUGGUUGGCACUCCCAAUCCCCCUCCAUCCCAGCAGAGCCCCGGGCCACAGUUCAUCAGCAGAGAUCCAUGUGAGUACUGCCUUCGCUGGGCCGGCUGUCUGCGGAAUCUUCCCCGCUUUGAAGCCCCCGGGUUUUUUUAA